CGACGGCACACGUGUUCUGUCGUCGCCUUCCACCAGUUGUUGACGGAUGACGUGGUCGGGGAGCCCAAAACGCCACGCAGCUGCAGCUCUGGCUGAGUUCACACUUCACGGGAAGAAAGACGUAGAAUAUUGGAUGGGUUCAGAUUAAAAAGGCAGUUAAGCUCGAUGGAUGCGUGUGAUGAUUAUAUAAAGGACAUUAUAAAUCAACGGGAGCAAAGGAAAGGAAAGGGAGAAAAUUUCAUAUAGCAAUUGUUUCGCGUAUAGGAGGGAGAACAAAGGUCGCGUCUCGAAAGUUCUUGCCUUGUUGGGAAGGGAUGGCGUCGGAGGUGGAGGACGACGCGGCGGUGCCGGGCGCGCCGCUGGUCGCCAAUGGUGCAGCCGACGUCCGCCGGAGGAGGGAUCAGGCUAAGGCGAUUUUGUCCAAGCAGGCCGUCAAGAUCGCCACCAAGGCCGAGCAGCACGAGCGCUUCAUCUUUAAGGUCACACACUUGCUGGGUGUUCUUGGAUUUGGGGGAUUUUGCUAUCUCUUGGGUGCCAGACCACAGGAUGUGCCAUAUGUGUACUGCCUGUUCUAUGUCAUAUUCGUUCCGCUCCGCUGGAUUUACUACCGCUACAAGAAAUGGCAUUACUAUCUCCUGGACUUCUGCUACUAUGCCAACACCUUUCUCCUUGUAAUGAUUCUCUUCUAUCCGAAAGAUGAAAAACUUUUCAUGGUUUGCUUCUCGUUUGCAGAGGGUCCACUUGCUUGGGCAUUAAUUGUGUGGCGUUGCAGCUUAGUUUUUGGUUCAUUUGACAAACUUGUUAGUGUCCUGAUACAUCUCUUACCUGGGAUUGUUCUAUUCACUAUCCGGUGGUGGGAUCCACAAACAUUUGCUGCCAUGCACCCGGAAGGAAGAGAUGCCAGAGUCACAUGGCCAUAUGUGGAGGACAAAUCAUAUAUGUGGACAUGGCUUUUUUUUGUUCCACUAGCUGCUUACACCCUGUGGCAACUUAUGUAUUUCCUCAUAGUUAAUGUCCUGCGCCGGCAGAGGUUGUUAAGGGAUCCUGAAGUCAUGACAUCCUACAGAGAGCUCUCAAAGAAAGCACAGAAAGCAAACAACAUCUGGUGGAGGCUGAGCGGACUGCUGGGUGACCGGAACCGGCAGGUCAUGUACAUACUGCUCCAGGCGCUGUUCACAGUGGCAACAAUGGCCCUGACGGUCCCUAUAUUCCUGUCCUACCGGAUGCACGUGGUGUUCCUGAUACUCAAGGUGUGCGCCUCGACAUGGAACGGUGGCAGCUUCAUCUUGGAGGUGAUGCCUCGACAAGUAGAACGGAAGCAGCAGAAGAAACUGGGCAUGAAGCCCAUCGAACAGGGGAGCUGGACACAAGGGGCGCCGGCUGAUGGUACGUACAUUGGGUAACCACCACCAAGCACACAUCUGAGGAGAAAAUCCAGGAGUGAGGAAAUCGAAGCUGGAUGUAACAAUAGAUUUUACUGUUUGCAAAUGCAACCUUUGUUUUUUUUUUCUGGGUGUUCUUCGUGUUGGAGGUUUUUUUAGCUCUGCCCUAGUUGUGAGUUGUGACAUCUUUAGUUUUAGGCUGAAGUCUGAACGAUAUGGGGUGAGAGAUCAUGCGUGCCCAUGGUUGUCUUGGGAUUGGACAUGCAUAAGUUGAGAUGUUCUCCUUUUCUGUAGGAGUUUUCUUUUCGAUGUGACCGUUGUGAAUUGCGUGAAGCUUUUUUUUCA